AUGGAAUCAUCUGAUUGUUGUGGCUCAAUGAGCACCUCGGAUAUAAUUUGGGACAACGAUGGAUUAUUAUCGACCACAGAUGCCGCCCUGGAACUCCCCGGCAGUGCUUCAACAUCCUCACAGUCCCAGACGCCCGCUGAUAGAGUGGAUAUGGUUCCGACACUGAUCAUAGGACCGGAGUCCCUUAACAACUGCAGCACAUCCACGGAGUUUACUGAGGCAGACACAUCAUCCGACGGUACCAGCCCAAUCCCCUUGCAAAGAUUUUCGACUGUUGAGUCGCACCUUGGCGAAGCUAUCUCGACUCCGGAGCACCUUCACUUCGACUCAUCUGAAUUGGGAGUUUGGGCGAGCAACGACAGAGUAGAGGCAUACCUUCAACCCUCUUUGCUUAUACUCCCGCGCUCAACCUUUCUGCCUUACGUGCAUAGUUUCUUCCAACGACUCUACCCAGUGUUCCCCGUUGUCGACAAAGAAUACCUUCUCACUUUGCUGCAGUCAGAUGAACAUGAAGAACAACCGCUACCAUCUGGUCUUUACUCGUUCCUCACUGCCCUUUGCGCUGCGGUCAUCGUGCAGCUCAAUGUCGCAGACCUAGGAAGCCUCGAGGUACAGAGCUUGACCCUUGACGAUAUUGAUCAUAGCCCUCAGCCAGCGUUUCCUGCACAGUUCUUCGUGUCUCAGUGUUUGCAAGCCCGCCAGCAGAGAUGUUACAUUGAGGAUCCCGAUGAAUGGACAGUUCUGACAUCCUUCUUUCUUUUCGCAUACUAUGGCAAUGUGAAUCAGAGCCACCUCGCGUGGUAUUAUCUCCGCGAGGCAAUAGGAUUCGUUGAGGCGUUGGGACUGGAUGAAUCAAAUACCUAUAUUGGCCUUGAUAUGGAGACUGCUCAGCGUCGAUGCCGUAUAUUCUGGCUUCUUUUCAUCACAGAACGGGCCUAUGCUAUCCAGCAUCGGAGACGAACAGUCCUAGCACCCACUGUUGAUCUACCCCGUGUAUUCGAAUCACAAGAUCCCAAACUAGCAUACGGCUUCGUGACUUUGGCUAGGGUGUUCUCUGCUGUGGACGGGCCUUUGAUGACCGCAUGGAGGGAACAACCACCUACGGGUACUGGUACUAUACCUCAAAAGGUCAGCCAGUCAAUCGUCAGAUACAUGCGCCGUAACGACGUGGAAGGCAUACCGUCCGACAUCGAGGAAACUCAGCGUGUUGAUAUUCUUGUCACCCAUCACUGGCUUCGGGUGCUUGUCUGUCAACUGCAAAUUGGACAUACACCACAGACAGUCUCAACUGCUGAUAGAUCCACCACACAUUAUGUUUUGGAUGCAUCGCGGAACUUAUUGCAGAUUAUAUUGUCUGCUACUCCGCAAUGUCUUGAGUCUCAUGGUAUUGGCAUGGAGCAAAAGAUUUCUGAUGUGGCGAGUUGCUUGUGUGACAACUUAACAGGGCUGAACAUGGACCAACUCUCCACUAACUUCUUUUCGGCGCUGGAUGUCCUGAACAACUUCAUGGUUUUUCUUGCUGGCUUUCGGAAUCACGAGUCCCAGUAUCUUCGGCCGCUUGUACAGAAGGCAAGCACCGUUCUGGCUGCCAGGCUUCAUCCUGCUUCUUUCCCAACGGCUAUAGAAGAACAAAUGAAAGACCAGGAAAUCCUAGGUUACGAGCAGGACGAGAGUUUAUGA